UUUUCUGUUUAAUUUUGGUGACAUACGUCAAUUGUCAUUUAUUAUUUUAAAAGAAAAUUGAAAUUUCGAGGAAGUGCAAACCACGAAUUUCCCUUGAUUUUUAAUAUUCAAAGUACAAUAAGUGAAGCAUUAGGACUUGAAAUAUUUUAAGCUGGCGGCACCUGGUCCGUACAGGCCUCAAACAAUGGAGGUAGACGUGUAUACCAUUCCCGAAACUUCUCGUUUACCCCUCAUAGACGAAACAUCGGCACUUGGGACAGCGGCACCGAAAGACAGGUUGAUAUCUGUAUUGGACCAAGUUGAGAUGAGGGUGGAGCGUCUCAGAAGGGACACUAUACGUAUCGAGGAAGAAAAGGACUCCUUGCUCUCAACCCUGGACAGUGUGAAGCAUUCAGAACUGCUCUCCGAGAUAUCCGAAUGUGAUAAGGAUGAUAUAGCCCGGUACGCGGACCGCAUCCUGGCGCGAGCCAUGACGGUGGAGGUGGCGGUGCGAACGGACCGUGACACACAACAAGAAGAGGCUCUGUAUCAGGUCAACUUACUAAUAGACCAGCUAGUGGUGUCGGUACACGAGGACACCGUAGUGGCGCACUCUCGCUGCCAGACCUACAUGAACGCCUGCACGUCCCAACCGGAGGCCAGCAGUGGCACCGACAGGAACUUCGAGACCGCCAUACUUGGCUGCACGUUAGACGACCAGAAAAGGAUCAAGAAACGCCUCCAGGGUCUCCUCGAUUACUUCGCGAAACUAAACGUCACCACAUACUCGUGAGUUCAACAAACUUUACCAUAUCCAGUGAUGUAUGCUUUCACAAGUUUAUGCGUGUCUCACAUCUACAGCCUGCCUUGGAUUCGGUCUCGAGUCGUCUAGAGUAAGUAGCGUUAUGCGAUGUUGUAUAACCAGCCUCCGUAACCAAGUGGCACGUCUCCUCUAAUCUCUUUCUACGAUCGCUAACGCUUCGAAAACUAGAAAGAUGUAUGGGAAUGACAUUUGCUAUCGACAGAUCACGUUAGCGAUCGUAGAAAGAGAAUUGACCUGCCACUUGGCUAGGGGGGCAGAAAAAUAAAAAACCUUGGAUUAAAGGCGCCACAAGUACUUCUAAGCUCUCUUUGCGUAGGUUGCUAAUAGAAGAAAUUAGGGAUCCACAAGGGCUAGAACUGAGAGCCAUUAAUCCAGGUCAACGAAAAAAAUAGUUUCUGUUUUUCUGCAACAUGGUGAGGUCUUUUAAUUUCUGGUCAGUCGAAAUUAUAGAGAAUAUCUAAUUUAAACAUGAAGUACCGUCUUGUUUGAACAGUGAAUACCAAGUAUCUUAAUGCAGAUUAAAAUACAUAUGUAACAGAAUAUUGAAGAUGAAAAUGAUUUCAUUAACAGUCAUAGUAACACCUAAUGUCCAGUCCGCAGUCUAAAACUUAGGUAUAGAAAAGGAGGACACAACUAUAAAAAUCUAAUUUGUCGUCAAUUUUCUGUUUGUAUCUUAAACUUACCACUAAAUUCAAAGCCAAAACAAAGUAGACAAACUAUAAGGCUAUAGGCACGUUAUCGUAUUUUAUUGACAGUAUUAUUGUGUGUGUGUUUUUAUUUUGAUGGUGUGCUUCGAGCACAGAAGCAUUGCCUGAUGGGACCCGAAGGCAGAAACAGAAUAGAUGAGUGAAACAACUCUAAGGGUUUCUCCUGUGAAACUCAGACCUCGGGUUUAGAUUUUAGAGGGCCGUUCUGAAAGGGUGUUGUGGCCUGAGAGUAUAUAUAACCCCCGAGAUCGUGAGUUAAAAAGCCCACGUCCGGGUAACGUCUGAUAUCUGGGACCUGAUCUUUGCUGGCGAAGACACUGUCAAACACACACGCACUCACACGAACACAAAAAUCUUGUGUGUAUGUGUGCAAAUAGCCUGAAGAAGAAAUCGUCUAACGCAAAUAAUGAAAUAUUGGACAUUGGAUUGGUGUUCAGUUUGGAUUAGAAGUUCUCUACCUUAUGCUAAUUGUCGUUUUGUUUCAAUAUUUAUAUGCAGUCCAUUUGUUUUAUACAUUUGUCGCUUAAGACAUAAUUUUGUUUAAAAGAGAAAAUAUUGGUGUCUGUGAUUGGAUUUCAGUCUCCCAAAUCUGUAACACGGCUAGGGUAACCAUUUUGUUUGUAGCAUCAAGACACUGAAAUUCUUAUUGUUUUUCUAUACAUCAAAAUGUGUAAAUUUUUACAAAUAAAAAUUCAAUGUACAUGUUGGAAAAAUAUAGUAAUGUGAUCAUUUUUGGUGUCGCGACUGACUUAGUGUGGUAGAAAAACUUUAUUAAUUAUAUAAAAUGUUGUCUUAUGUAAUUUUUAAAGAAAAAUAAGUUGUUUUUAUUUACAACUGAACCAUCAUAAUGCGUGUGAUUGUUCCACCAAUGAAAUUGUUUUAUGAUGACGUGAUAACUUCAUUGUGUAUGGUUUGUAGAUGUCAUAUACCUAUUUGAUAUUGCUGAUUACAUGCAGAUGACACACUUGUGAUGUCAAAUGUCAGAGCGAGAAAAGAACAAAACUUUAAUUUUAAUAAUAUGUCUUUUUUAAUAUUUAAUUUUCUAUUUUAAUUUUUAUAAUUGAAUUAUUGUCUUGAUACUUUUUUCAUUUUUGGGUAUGAGCAUAAUCAAAAUUUUUAUUAGAGCAGAUUAUAACUAAUUAGCUAUGCUAUUUUUAACAAUGUUGAUUCUAUUAAAAACUUAAAACUAAUGAUUUUCUUUAAAAAGACAAUAUUUUUAUAUUGUUUGAAAGAUAUGCAUUCGUAAAUAUGUUAUUUUUGUAUGGUCACCCUAUUUUACAUGUCAUAUUUUUCAAAAAAUAAUAGUAAGUGAAGAUAUUCUAUUUUCGGACGAAGAUUUGGACGUAGUAGUCGUAAACGCGUUUGUGUGUGUUAAUUACAAGAGCGUAAACACAACAGAAGUGUGUGUUAAAUUAUUUAGAGAGUUUCGGAAGUGGAGUGUGAUAUCAUAACCUAUUUCCCAAAAAACCGUUGUUUGCCAACAACUUACAGCUAUCGGCGCUCUCCAGUUUUACAUCUCCAAUACGUUCAAAGCUUCCUAAAAUAGAACAUCUUUACCAACAUUUUGUUGCAUUUCUAUUUGGUUUUGUGUAGUUAGAAUUAAAAAAUUAUAUCGAGGUGUGUAAAAACGAGGCUCUAUUUAGCAAGACUUUCUAUGUGUGUGUGUACAAUCAGGUAUUCCUUUGUCUUUAUAGACACAGUUUAAAGAUAAUAAGAUUACAAUUUGGUAAUGAGCUUAUUUUUAUCGUUGAUACACACAAGGAUUGUCUUAAAAAAAAACUUCAAAAUGUAUGUUAUAUGUCAGCUCAAAUUAUAGUGGUUUUUAUUUUCAUGGUGAUGAUGGAAACUUAAUUAAAUAAAUAUUUUUUAUUCCGUUUUUUUUAGUAAAAAAUAUGCCUAUUUUUUGUAUAAGAUUUAAAUCGUUAGAAUGCCUAUCUCGAGUUAAUUUUGAUGUAUUGACUAUUGUGACACUGUUGUCACGACAUGUAAACGGUAAGCAAUGUUGUACCUACUGGUCAAUCUUUUUUUAUGAUUUUGCUGUAGACCUCUCAAUGGGGUUGAUAAACAACUGUAAUAAACUCAUUUUCGCAUUUAUAAUAUUUGUGAUUUUAUUUUUGCUAUCAGCUGUCGCAGACUGACAGACAGUUGCCGCGUCACAUUUUUUCAAUUAUGGCAUCUCUAAUGGUUUAGGUACUUGAAAAUCUAAAUUAUUUUAUCCGGCAUCUAAACACAUUGACACAUUGUGCGUUUGUAUUGUCUAUGGCUCGUCGUAAGAUGACAUUUGCAGUCACUUUUCGCUGUAGACAGAGAAGUAUCUAGACAGAAAACAUCAAUCGUAUUGCUUCUAAAAAGGGAACAACGCUUGGAUGUUCAAAAUCUGAGUUUCGAAAAUAAAUUGAUGUCAUGACAUCAACACUCAACUUGUUGGAACUUAUAAAGUAACUAGUUAGUUUGAAAUAUUUUUGUGAAAAAAUAGUUCUGUGUAGUGUUAGGAUGUCGAACUAUUGAUAUAUUUUUAAACUCACAACGGCACGCUCAUCAGUAGUUUAUUGACUUCUCUGUCUUUAACUGACAUACUGUGUGUGAAUGUGAUAAACCCGCUCCACAACGUGCGAAUCGCGCGCGAAGCCGCGAACAUUCCGCGAUAUUAGUGGAACAACUUCAUGUAUUCUUCACGGAUUCGCGUGCUCGCGCCAUUUCGCGCUUUGAUUCCUGUUUUUUUGUUCCGCGAACUAUAUUAGUGUGAAACACGCGCCGGUAUUCGCGGCGUGCAUUCGCACGGAAAUCUGGAGCGGGUUUUAAGGCGCCAGGUAGAUAAUUUGGAUAUCACACUUCAUGUUUGUAAUUUGUCGCAUAAUAGUUUAUUUGCGAUGUUCUCGCACAUUAUUUUGAUCUCUUGGCAACGCGCUGGCACAGAAGCGCUACAAAUUUAGCCACUACUUGUAUAUUCCGUACUUGUUACACAGAUUCAUAAGUUUAAAUAAAUAUAAAAUAAAUUAGCUUUCAUUAUAAAUAUUUAA